AUGGGAGACGUCACGAAUGGCAGUACAAGUGAUCGCAAGAGCGCAGUUCCCGAAGGAACAAAGGACCUCCCAUUGUACGAGCGCAUUGCGCUCGAGAAACGAGCUAACCGCGAAAGAUCCAUCCCUGAAGAAUGGCGCCUACCCAAAGGCCAUGUCCCCGAGGACCAGCUGAAUGUGACUGACGUGCCCAUGCAUUGCGGUAUUCUCACCGAGAAGGAAUGCGAAAUAACCGAGCUAGCUGCGGCCGAGCUUGUUGAAAGAAUACAGAGCCGAGAGCUCAGCUCAUACGAAGUGACAUUGGCAUUCUGCAAACGAGCGGCAAUCGCACAGCAGCUGGUCAACUGUCUUUCUGAGAUAUUUUUCGAAAAGGCACUUCAAACAGCAGCAGCCCUCGAUGCUGAAUACGCAGUCUCGGGAAUUGCAGCAGGGCCCCUUCAUGGCCUCCCCGUUUCCCUCAAAGACUGCUUCCAGGUUGAGGGUACCGACGCAUCCAUCGGGUUUACAGCAUUCUCCAAUGAGCCAGCGCUAGAGCACGAAGAGUCGGAGAUUACCAAAAUCAUGAGGCAGAACGGUGCAGUUCUCUUCUGCAAGACCAAUGUUCCCUUGGGCCUCAUGGCUGGCGAGACAUAUAACGCCAUCUACGGCUACACGUCUAAUCCAUAUAAUAGGAGCCUCUCGAGUGGUGGGUCUUCAGGCGGCGAAAGCGCCUUGUUGGCCUUGAAAGGCGCUCCUCUGGGUGUGGGGACGGACGUAGGAGGUUCAAUCCGGAUUCCGGCUUCCUUCUGUGGGCUGUACUCUCUGAAGCCCUCUUUCGGGCGCUUUCCAACAUUCGGCCUUCGAGAUGGCCUGAACGGACAAGAGGCUGUCAGGAAUACGGUAGGACCGAUGGCAAGAUCAGUCAGAGACAUUCAGCUGUGGAGCAAGACUGUGAUCAAAAGCGAGCCGUGGAUGACAAGUGAUCCGGAUUGCCUUCCCAUUCCAUGGAGAGAGCUUCGAAUUCCUGACAAGCUUUGUUUUGGAAUCUGGCUCGACGAUGGUAUCGUGAAGCCACUUCCUCCAGUGACACGCGCGGUGCUGAAAACAAAAGCCGCCCUCGAGGCAGCAGGUCACAGUGUUAUUGAAUUCCAGGUGGAUGACCCUCUUUAUCUAGAUACUUUAAAGUUUGACCUUUAUCGCUCAGCGACAGCAGAAGCCCUCGACAAAAACCUCGCCAAAACCCCAGAGCCCUGGCCGAGAGGAUGCGAGAUGCUCCAGGCUAUGGUCCAGGGAAACACAAAGGCCUCAACGGUGUAUUACCUCUGGAAUGCCCAAGCAAAAAGAACUGAGUACAGCUUCACGUAUGAUAAUUAUACCAGCCUGUGGAAUGUUCUGGACUACUGCGCAACCACCGUGCCAGUGAGCUAUGUUUCACUUCAUGAAGACGCCACUCCCAGUUACGAGAGCCGCAAUGAUAGUGAAAGAUGCGUUUGGAAAAACUACUCUCCUGGCACUUUUGCUGAAGCCCCGGUGGCCGUCCAAUUGGUUGGUCGGCGUCUGAAUGAAGAGUAUCUUUUGGGCGUGACGCAAAAAUGUGACGAGGCGCUGAAAAUGUCGAUGAGUUACCGAGGAUAUUAA